AGAACAUCGUGAAAGAGAAGUCCUCAACCACAACCAGGAAAUCUCUCUUCCUUCUAUACCUUCUCGUCGUUUAAUUUGAAUAGCUUACCACACUAACAAAGAGGCCACCACGGAUUUGGCCUCGCAAGUAACACCUGGGCAAACGGCCAUGGAAACCACAACAACACUGCAUCCUGGCUUUUGAUUGCAAUAAUGACUUCCGAUGAUGGCCAUUUAACCUAGUCUCUGCUGCUUCCCGAAGGGUAGACAUCGAUCGUACUAGGAGAAAUCGUCAUUAUGGGUCAAGGAUACUCAAUGACCACGCUGUCGGCGGCGUCGGCCACCAUUGACGUUCCCGAACUUGCUGAUCUCGUUCAUGAGAAGACGCUGGCAUCCGCUCGGUUCAUGAAAAGUGUUCGAGCCCGCAGUCAACAAGGUUUCGUGUUCGUCAAGGCGGUCAUGAAACCAUACUCAUCGUUUCAGGUCCAAGAAUACGUUCGGCAGAUCAGCGAGGAGAGGAGCAUUUUGUCUGAGAUACCGAAUGCCUUGGGCUAUGAGAGAAUUGUCGAGGUGGGAAGUGGUGGCUUCCUCGUUCGCCAAUACAUGUUCAGCUCGGUCUACGAUCGCAUCAGCACCCGGCCAUUCUUGGAAGACAUUGAGAAGAAAUGGUUGGCGUUUCAAUUGUUAUGUGGUAUACGCGACUGUCAUGCGAGAAACAUCUACCAUGGGGAUAUCAAGACGGAAAACUUACUUGUUACGUCUUGGAAUUGGCUCUACCUUACCGACUUCUCUUCAUCAUUCAAGCCCACAUACUUGCCCGAAGACAACCCGGCCGACUUUUCUUUCUAUUUCGAUACCUCUAGUCGUCGAACAUGCUAUAUCGCUCCUGAAAGAUUCACAACUUCCGACUCAGACGAGACGCAGGGUGAUCUGACCUGGGCGAUGGACAUCUUCAGCGUUGGUUGUGCGAUUGCCGAGAUGUUCCUGGAGGGGCCCAUAUUCUCCCUCAGUCAGAUUUUCAAAUAUCGUGCAGGCGAGUAUAGUCCGGAACAUACGCAUCUGAACAAGAUCGAAGAUCCAGAAGUCAAAGCAAUGAUACUCAACAUGGUCGAACUAGAUCCAGAAAAGCGGUACAGCGCAGAGCAGAUCCUCUCGUUCUAUAGAGACAAAAUCUUUCCGGAAUACUUCUACAGUUUUCUGCACCAGUAUAUGUGGGACCUUACGAGAUCUGCAUCAGCUGCAAAACCUGUCGGUCUUGACACUGGGAGUCUCGCCGAAUGCGAUGAGAAGAUCAACCGAGUUUACCUCGACUUUGACAAGAUAUCAUUCUUCUUAGGAUAUGGCCCAAGCCCUGCAAAGCAGUCUUCAAGGUCACCUCUUUCCUUCCGAUCAAGCAGCAGAAUCAAGGCUCCGGACGCUGACCCUUCUUUAUAUGACGGAAGUCUUAUCUUUCUUACACUGGUGGUCUCGAGUAUGAGAAAUACUGCCAAGGCAUCAGCGAGGCUGAAGGCAUGUGAUCUGCUUGUCGCUUUCGCAGAACGGCUUCCCGACGAGGCCAAGCUUGACCGUAUUCUGCCUUACAUUGUCGGUUUGCUUUCCGACACUUCGGACGUCGUGGUAGCUGCCGGCAUCUACGCCAUGACUUCAAUCUUUGAGAUGAUUGAGGUUGUCUCACCAAUCAAUGCCUACGUCUUUCCAGAGUACAUCUUUCCCAGAAUGCGUCAAUUUAUUCUCAACCAGCAUACUCAGCCAAGCAUCAUGAUCCGAUCCGCCUAUGCUUCAUGCCUGGCAUCUUUAGCCCUGUCUUCUCUGCGAAUAUUGGACAUGGUCCACGCUAUUCGUGCCGAUGGUCGAUUGCCCGCUUUACGAGAGGAUGAUCUCGCCCCAGAGUCGUCCUAUCAUGGCUUGUACGACAUAGCAAGAGCAGAGCUGAUACCUCAUUUUGAAGAAGCAACCGUCGCGUUGCUUACGGAUCCAGAGCCACCAGUUCGCAGGGCUUUACUGGGUUCGAUAACUCGUCUAUGUGUCUUCUUCGGAAGCUCUCGAGCAGGCGAUGUGAUUCUACCCCAUCUCAACACUUAUCUGAAUGAUAAAGAUUGGAUUCUUCGAUGCUCCUUUUUCGAAGCUCUUGUCGGUGUUGCCUCAUAUGUUGGCACGUCGAGUCUCGAGAAGUUCAUUCUCCCAAUUAUGGUGGGCUCUCUUACCGACACAGAGAAUUUCGUCAUCGAGAAAGUCUUUCGAUCUCUCGCACGAAUGGCAGCAUUGGGUCUCCUGCAGAAAUCCACGACGUGGGAACUCAUUGGAAUUGCUGCACGAUUCCUAGCCCAUCCAAGCAUCUGGGUUCGGGAGAGUGCUGUACAAUUCCUUGUGCUGUCAGCCAAGUACAUCUCCGCGGCAGACCAGUAUUGUAUCGUUGUACCGAUGAUACAACCUUUCCUAAGGAACAAGCUCCAUGUCCUAUCAGAGGAACGUAUCCUGGACCACUUAAAACGACCGCUUCAGAAGGCCGUCUUUGAUGCGGCCAUACACUGGGCGACGAGAAAAGGGAAUAGUCUAUUCUGGACCGCUGCAAGUCGUGAUGGUGCUCUGACUUUAUCAGAUCCAUCAAUGCCACAGAACCCAUCCAAUUUGACAAAGAGGCUCCUGACGCGGAUCCCGCCAUCACAGAAAGACAAGGAUGACCAGGCAUCCCUUGAAACUCUCAAAAACCUUGGUAUGACUGCAGAUGAUGAGAUCAAGUUGCUCGCAUUGCGGGAAUACAUUUACAAAGUAUCGAAACACAAGGUUUCCGACGAUGUCAAUGAGAAGCAUGCACUUCUGAACAAUAUUGUGUCCCUCAACCAGAUUAACGUUACACCUCAAAACGUGUUCUUCGACCAGCGUGAAGCUUUGCGGGAAAUCAAAACCCGGCCAGGCCUCGCGAAGAGGAAGAGUCGAAAAGAUGAACGACAUAGCCUGGCAGAUGCGUUGUUGGAUGCCUCUACCAGCAUAGACGAGCGUCGGCGGAACUCCCCGUCCGAUAGUGGAAGUGGCAGGCAAACCCCAACUACCAGGCCGAUUGAUAUCCAAUCUCGUAUGGCCGGAACCAGAACAGACUCCGCCCCGGUGGUCAACAUCGAAAGAGCAAGCAGUUCUUCAAGGCCCAGUGCCUCGAAUGGGACUGGUUCACCUCUGGACCGAUUGUCUUUACGUCGCAAGCCGCUCGAAUUGAGACAUCGUAAUAGCGGUCUCAAUUUGAUGAACCGAAGCGACUCUGCAAAAGCAGAUGCUGAAAUUUCGACAAGUUCAGAGACCGCUUUUGGAAAAGUUGACGGGCCUCCACACCGCAAAAGCACGGCCGGGCCUUCAGCUUUGACAGUUGCAGCAAGCGCAGCAGCGAGGUCAAGGUCUGUAUCUCCCAGAAGUGGAGGUUCUCGAACAUCACUGUACGAACCGAACCAUUCCUACACAGGUAACGACCCAAAUGUGUUGAAGCUACUCGAUAAUCAUUUCAUGGAGAACUUCCCCGUCGAUCAGAUGGACUUUGGUCCUAAUAGACCUCCAGCGGAUAGCAAAGCAGCCAUAAGAAGAGCAACAGACGUCUUUCAACAAAACACGGGCCGAGUCGCCCAACAAGAACUUUCGUUCCGUGCAGAUCCCUGGCGUCCUACGGGUCAACUCGUCACACAGUUCUCCGAACACAAUGCUGCCAUCAACCGAGUUUGCGCAGCCCCCGAUCAUGCCUUUUUUGUGACGGCUUCCGACGACGGCACGUGUAAGGUUUGGGAUACUGUCCGCUUGGAGAAAAACGUCACACCGCGAUCAAGGCAUACUCAUCGCCACGCGGAAGGGGCCAAAGUCAAGAGUCUCUGCAUCGUGAGUGGAAGCCACACUUUCUUAAGCGGAGCAGAUGAUGGAAGCAUCCAUGCCAUCCGGAUCGAUUACAAAAGUGUCGAUGGUGGGGAGAGCUCCAGGUACGGUAAACCAAUCCUCGUCAGGGACUAUCAGAUCCCAUCAUCAAAGUCGACGACGCAGAGCCUCGGUUUGGCCACAGACGCUGCUGCAAAUGUCAAACCUGAAUAUGCCGUCUGGAUGUAUCAUUACCGAACCCAGACUUCCCAGUCAGUCCUUCUCAUCGCUACCAGCGAAUGUCGGAUCCUAGCCAUCGACCUCAAGAAUAUGGAAAUCAUCCACUGCAUGGAAAACCCCGCCCACCACGGAACUCCGACCACGUUCUGUGUCGAUAAAAAGCACCACUGGCUCCUGCUCGGGACGAGUCACGGGAUUUUGGAUCUCUGGGACCUAAGAUUCAGGAUGAGGCUACGCAGCUUCGGCAUCCAGACCGACGCACGAAUCGACCGAGUCCUUAUCCAUCCAUCAAAGGGACACGGUCGGUGGGUGAUGGCCAGCGCCGGUGGCGAGAUUAGUGUCUGGGAUAUUGAGAAGCUGGUGUGCCGCGAAGUGUGGCGUCCAAGCACAUUCGUCCCAUCAACGAGACCACGGCCCUACGAAGUCUGGUCGCCCGACGAAGAGAGCAGCGAACGAAUAUUGUCGCGGUUUGCUCGUUCGUCAACAGCCGAAGACGGCGCAGUGCACACAGCAGUAGCACCUCAAACUCAAAUACGCCCUUCCCUCUCCAACGGUUCUCCCAUCAAAGCCAGAUUGGCCACCACCAGUGCUGGUGAAACCGCGGACUCCGCCACAGGACAGUCACAUGCUUGGUCCGCACCCUCCAUACCGGCAGUCUACAUUCUCCACGACUAUCUUUCGAACCCGUCACAGCCGGACAAUCCACACAAACACCCGCUUCUCUUUACUGGUGGAGGGGACCGCGACCUGCGGUACUGGGACAUUCCGCGUCCGGAGAACAGCUUCAUCGUCUCAGGCCCCGAGCUCUACGGCGACGACGCGGCUACGGCUGUCAGGGCGACGUACGAAGUCACGUACCCGUUGGCACUGAGCGCCGGUGCUCAGAUCGCACUCGUGCAGGAGAAGCUAAGCGAGGAGACCCAUACAAGUGGUAGCAGCACCCGCGGCACGCCUAAGAAGCCAGUGCCGCAACCACGCUCUUCUACCAUCAAGGAUCCUCAUCACGAUGCCGCGACGAGGAGCCCGGCGUCUCAAGCAACCGGUUCGUCAUCCUCAGCGUCGUCAAAACUGCCUCGCAGCACCAUUAUCAGUGGCGCUCAGCAGCAGAUUCUUCGCACGCACAUGGAAGGCAUCACGGACGUGGUGGCACUGAGAAAGCCCUACGGCUGCGUGGUCAGUGUUGAUCGAGCGGGUACAGUCUUUAUCUUUCACUGA